AUGGAUAUAUCGAGCGUUAAUUUUGAAAGUGGGUGGAAAAUCAUAAAGGAAGAAGCAAUUGAUAAAAUUGAGAAAUAUUUAGACGAAAAUGUAGUUGAAAUAAACAACAAUUUAUUUAAUGCAGCAGAAUACACUCGAUUAUAUACAGUAGUUUAUAAUAUGUGUGCAAAGAAAACUCCUUUUUGUUAUUCUAAAGAAGUAUAUAGAAAAUAUGGAGAAAGUUUAUCUAUUUAUGCUGUUAAUAAAAUAAAACCAAACUUAAAAGAGGCAGAUAAUUUAAAAAAAACAAAGGCAUUAAUUGAUGCUUGGUACAAAUAUUCCUUUUAUACAAAUUGGAUGAAUAAAUUUUUGCACUAUCUUGAUCGCUAUUAUGUUGAAUAUAAUAGCUCUUUAUGUCUAAAAGCAUACACAAAAAAUAUAUUUAAGUUAACAUUAUUUGACGAAACACGAGAAUGUAUUAAAAGUAUUAUAUACAAUAUAUAUGAUAGCAUGCGAACUAGUGAUGAUAAAGAUAAUGAAAAAUUAUUUCGAGAUAUCGUUUUUUUAUAUAACGAAUUAGAUAAAGAAAGUGCUGAAAAAAUGUAUGAAUCUGAUAUAGAAAAGAAAAUUCUAGAAAAUGUAGAAACAUAUUAUAAUAAAGAAGGAACUAAUUGGAUCCAAAAUUUAUCUUUUCAUGAUUAUAUUAUAUUAAUUGAAAAUUCGAUUGAAAAAGAAUAUGAAAAAAAUAAAUCUUUAGAAGUAAACAAUGAUACUUGUGAAAAAGUAACAAAUAUUAUUGUAAGAAUAUUAAUAUAUGAUAAAUUAAAUUUAUUAUUAAACAAUAAGGAGAAUAUUUAUAACCUAUUGAAAGAUAAUAAUUUAAAUUCUUUAAGAAGAACCUACAUAUUGUUCUCUUAUUUUUCUGAAGCUAUAGACGGUCUAAAAAAAAUUAUAGGUGAAUAUAUAAAAGCAGAAGGAAAUAAAUUAAAGGAAAAAUACAUUUCAUUAUCUAUGUCUAUUAAUAAUAAUAUCGAUGCACCUACUUAUGAGUCUAAUAAAAAUAGCAACAUAGCAGAACAAAAAAAUGAAUACAUAUUAUGCGAAUAUAUACAUGAUCUCAUAAAAUUGCAUGAUUAUUAUCACAACAUGUUUAACUUUUCAUUUGUUAAUAUAUCAAACAACGAGAUUGAUGCAAAUUUCAAGGAAUGCUUAAAGGAUUAUUUUGAAAGUUUUGUAGAACAUGAAGAUGAAUACUUCAGCACUGUAAAAUUGUUAGUUUUAUAUGCAGAUAAUAUUCUAACCAUAAAAAAUAAUAAAGAAGAUAUACAGUUACCUAAUGUCGAAAAUGACGAUGCUGAUUCCACAUGCGAUACAAAUAUAAUUGAAACUGAUAAUUUAAUAAAAAAAAUGUCCGAUAUUGUUGCCAUAUUCAAUUAUAUAAGUAAUAAAGAAAGUUUUUUCGAAUAUUAUCGAAUUUAUUUAGCAAACAGAUUAAUUAAUAAUAUGUAUAUAUCUAUAAAUGUGGAGAAAAAAUUUAUUGAGAAUUUGUAUUUUUUGUGUGGAUCACAAUACACUUCAAAAUUAGGAGGCAUGAUACAGAACAUUAUUAAUAAUAAAAUUCUCAACGAAAAGUUUUACAAUUAUAUCAAUAAAAAUAAUAGCAAUGGUGAAAUAGUUUUGCCUAAUUUGACAAAUUUCGACGAGAAUUAUGAAAACAACUUUUUUUCUGUAAAAAUAUUAAAUAAAGGAUAUUGGCCUACUUUGGAAAAGACAUCGAUGAAAUUAAGCGAAAAUUUUAAUAAAUAUAUUUUAUCAUAUACAGAAUACUAUAAAGCAGAAAAUAAAAAUAAAAAAUUAGAAUGGAUAUAUGAAUUAAGUGAAGUUGUAUUCAAAUACUUUAUUAAUAACCGUUCAUAUUAUUUAUAUUGUAAUCUCAUAAGUGCAGAAAUAUUUUUAUUAUUUAAUAAAUAUAAAUAUAUAAAUUAUAAUAUUGUAAAAGAAGAAUUACAAAUCGAUUUAAAAACAUUCAAAGACAAUAUGCAUUCAUCUUUAUAUUACCAUAAAAUUAUUUACUCUGAUGAUGAUAAUAUAAAUUGGGAUACUUCCAAUUUUUAUAUUAAUGAAAACUUUUCUUAUACUAAUCAAAAUGUUUAUAUAAAAAAAACUACGACUUUAUUAUCAAAAGAACAUGAAAAAACAAAAGAUGAUAAAUCAAUGGCUAUCGAGGCAGCUAUUGUUCGUAUUAUGAAGACUCACAAAAGAUUAUUCUACGAUCAAAUCUUUGAUCAUGUAAAAAAAGUAUUAUCCACUUUUUCCCCGUCCAACCAGGCUAUUGAGAAAAAAAUUGAUCUGUUAGUCGAACGAGAAUAUAUUCAAAAAGAAGAAAAUAGCCAAGUAUAUGUUUAUAUACCAUAA